CCAGCGCCGAAGCCGCACACGCACCAGGAGCGAACGGCACAUUCACGUCCGCCGAGCAACGCCGACUCCUGCAGCCGGGACUCCUCCGCCGCUCCACCCCGGAUCCUCCGCGGAGGUGCGUCCUGUUCAUCCAUCCGCUCCUCCGUGUGCCAACGCCAGCCGCUCCGCUCCGCGACGCACCGUCAAGUGCCGGCCCGGUCCGGUCACCCCCCCUCCCUCCCUCCCCAACACCCCCACAACUGGAGAACAUUUUUUCCCACCCUGGACGCUGGAUGCAUCAUUGGAGAGUUGUGAACAAGUGCGAGAAGAAAGCUGAGGCUCGGGAUCUGCCUCGUCGCUCCGUCCAGGGAAGACCAGACGCAGCCGGAGUUGUGGAUAAUCAUGGAGGGGACGUCCCUGUAUCUUCCUAUUGUUGUUUUACUGAUGCAAUGUUCCCCUUCUGUCCCCGUCACCGUGUCGACCAACAAACACAAGGUGGAGGUGCGCGAGUUCUCAGACGCGGUGCUGUCUUGCAUGUUUCGCACAGAAAGAGACCCGAACCCACGCAUCGAGUGGAAGAAGAAAGGGAAGGAUGUUUCCUUUGUGUACUUUGAUGGACACUUCAGAGGUCCGUUCGAGGGUAGGGCAACCAUCGAAGGGGCCACGGUGACUCUGCAGAGGGUGACCCAGGAGGAUGCGGGGGACUAUCGCUGUGAGAUCAGCGCUCCUCUGGACUCCGUAAACCUUGGCGAGACCAAUGUCACCCUCAAAGUCCUGGUGCCACCACACACCCCAUUCUGUGAAAUCCCCAGUUCAGCAGUGACUGGCUCAGUGGUGCAGCUGCGUUGUAAGGACCAGCAGAGCAUCCCACCGGCCACUUACUCAUGGUACAAGGACAACCAGCCGAUGAGCCCGCCUCGCCGUGCCAACGUUACAUAUCUAAUCAACUCUCACACGGGAGUACUGGAGUUUAAGGCUGUAGCCAAAGAGGACACUGGCCGCUACAGCUGCCUGGCGUCCAACGGCGUGGGCCCGGCAAAGAUGUGCGAGGGCAAACACAUGACGAUAGAGGAUGUUAACGUCACGGCCGUGGUGGCGGCGGUCCUGGUGGUCUGCCUGGUUGUUGUGGUCUGCAGCUGUGGGGGGUUCCUCUUACACCGCAACGGUUUCUUCUCCCCAGGCCACAGAGGAAGGUCGUUUUGGAUCUCCCAGUGUCCUGGGGCAGCCCACAUCAGCAGCCAAACCCUGCACAGAUCUGAGGACACGUCCAAUGUCAACUACAUCCCACCGCCCCAAGAACCGCAGGACUUUAAACACACCCAGUCGUUCAUGCUAUGAGAAGCUGGCCUUCCUUUGAGCGUACAUCCGUCCUCGUGAAAAGGUGCCAACACUGGAUUCUCAUUGGAGUUUCUUUUCUUUUCUUUUCUUUUUUUUUUUUUUUUUUUUUUUUUUUUUAAUGAACUCCGACUGAGCUCUUCCAAUGAUCUUCCAAUAAAAGACGAUAGCAAGGCUUCUUUUUCCCUCUGCUUUGCUGUGUGGGUCACCUCUGUCAUUUGACGUGUUUUCUGCUCAUGUUGGAUUCAAAUCCACUUUACAAGGCGCUCUGCUCCCCCCUGGUGGUCAGAGGUGGGAACUGACUCAAUCUCUGCACAGCCCAGGGAUGAACAGAGCCUUUUUUCUCUUUUUUUUUUUUUCUUUUUUUUUAAUACACAUUUUCCUCUUCCCUCUGCAGGCCAAUCAUUUUAACUUAAUCUUCAGUUUUCUUCAACCAAAGACUGAUGUUUUUCUUUGCUUCUCAAAAUCACAAGGGGAUUCUCCUCAAAGCCAUAGGGAAAGCAUUGUAUUACUCAAACACACUGUACAUGCAGUUUACUUCUACAACAUCUGCCAACGUUUUUCUCAUCUCAUCUGUGACCCUGGAGUCUGGACGCUCCAGCCAAUAACUGAGACCGACCCCAUUCCAUCCUAAUGUGCCUGCAUGGUCUUUUUUAUAUACCUUGUGCCUUUUUAAUUUGUCAUAUUUAUCUAUGGAUCACUGUUUUUUGUAAAGAACUUGCCUUACUUUUUUCUGUCUUUAUAUUUUUGUGCCACAGUUUAUCAAUGUUUAUCAAAUGGUGUGUCUGUUUUUAGAGUGUGAAUGGAUUGUACAGAGUUUUAUUUGAAUGGUAUACCAGUAAUUAAAGGUUUUCUAUUAAAAAUCAAAUGGGAUUUAAUGGAUUUAUGCACAAA